AUGUCGGCUACGAAGUUUGUGCGCUCUCUCCGAGUAACCUCCGCAGUCCCAGGCCGUGUCAAGUUCGAACUGGACAUCCAGAAAGAGCAUACCGUCCGUCCUGAUCUUCUGUGUGUCAAAGAUAUAUCACUGAAAAGUUCCAGAAUCGACUCAACAUCCUCCAUGGCGGAACGAUAG